AUGCAGCAAACGAAGCUGAUGACGGAGAAUCUGCGGGAGAUGAGCCAACAGGCACCUGUCUAUGUGCUCUAUUUCCUUUGCCCUGACAACACUGCAGGGGAGGAGGAUGAAGAGGUGAUAUUCCGGGCUGACUGCAAGCUUUGGAAGCUUGUCAAACUUGAAGACGGAAAAGCCGAGGGCUGGCGAUGGCAGGAGCGAGGCUGUGGCAUCGUGCACAUCAACAGGCACAAGACCAGCGGAGCUGGUCGUUUGGUUAUGCGAAUGCGUGGUGUUUUGAAGCUCCUGCUCAACACACCAAUUUUUCCGACCACCAGGUAUGAGAAAGUUGGACAAAAGUCUGUGCGCUUCGUUGGUGUAGAUACCGAAGAGUCACAGAGCUGUCAUGGUGAGGCGCGGGUGGAUUGA